UUCAUGCAGACACUUGGAAUAGAGCAUGCUUUUUCUUCAUUUAUUUUGCUCUGCGGUCCAAUAACUGGUUUGGUGGUUCAACCUUGUGUUGGUGUUUGGAGUGAUAAAUGCACAUCAAAGUAUGGAAGGAGACGGCCUUUUAUCCUUGCUGGAUCACUCAUGAUCUCUGUUGCUGUGAUAGUAAUCGGGGUUUCUGCAGAUGUUGGAUACAUUUUAGGUGAUACAACAGAUCAUUGCUGUACAUUCAAAGGUACACGAACAAGGGCGGCUUUUGUCUUUGUUAUUGGAUUCUGGAUGUUGGAUCUUGCCAACAAUACAGUGCAGGGACCAGCUUGUGCCCUUCUGGCAGAUCUAUCAGGUCCUGAUCAACACAAUUCUUCUAAUGCUAUAUUUUGUUUAUGGAUGGCUGUUGGAAACAUCUUGGGAUUUUCAGCUGGUGCUAGUUGGAGUUGGCAUAGAUGAUUUCCUUUCUUGUAAAGUAGAGCUUGCUAUGAAGCCUGUGCCAA